AUGGCCGACAAUUCUCCUCAGCCAUCCCGCGAUAACGCUGGAGAUUCUCUUCCGACACCGGUCCCUGCUAAGCCUCCUGCACCCUCUCACACACGCACAUAUCAGGCCUGCAUACCAUGUCGACAGCGUAAAGUUCGAUGCGAUCUCGGCAGUGUAGACAAUCCUCAUGAUCCCCCAUGCGUAAGAUGUCGUCGCGAGCACAAACAUUGCUUCUUCUCGGCUACACGGCGAAAACGAAAAUCUGCGGAUGAAGAGGGCGAAGGCGAGGCCGUGGCUGAUGGGACUGACAAUCAUACUUUCCACGCAAAGAGACCUCGGAAAAAUGAAGAGCAGAUUCAAUCAUCUCCAGCACUGCCCUUAAGCCAUCUCGCUCGGUCGAAUUCUGCCGCGUUUGCACAGCCAUUGACCCCAGGUGGCUCAUUCGGACGAGCGCAGCCGCUGAGGCGUCCUUUUUCCGCCUCGCCAAGCUCCUCAGUUUCGACGCUUCCACUCCAUAAUGGCAUUGCGCAUCAGCGAUCGUAUUCUGUUGUUUCACCCGGAACUACAACGGCGAGAGCCGACGCCAAGGGAGAACAUCUGACAAAUGACACUGCGGCAGAGCUUCUCAGUGCAGAGGUCUACAGCGGGCACGAUGCGCUGAAUCUUCUUUACGAAGCGGCGGAUCGCAGUGGUGAUAUUCAGAACCAACGGGUUGGAAGUCAGCCCAGCGCUCAAGUGUCACCCCUAGUCACUAGCAGUACGCCUGCAUCGCGCACUGGAUCCACGGCUGUGGGGCCUCGAACAAGCAUUGGCGGUGGGGAGGAUUCUGGAGCGAGGAAUGCCUCCGUACAGCUCGACACGGGGCAGGAAGAACUCCAAGGAGAGAGCAACGAAGGCUUCGCCUUGGAUGAGAGCAUUGGCGUUUCUGAGAUGGAGGCUGGUUUGAAGGCCUGGUCUCGAUCUCGGUUUGUUCGUGCAGGCUGGUUCACUGCACGGGAAGCAAUUCUCUACAUUCGAUAUUUCUAUGCUUAUCUCGCGCCGCUUACUCCCAUUUCUCCGCCAACAUAUCGAGAUCCAAGCACGCAUUCAACUUUGCUAGAGGACGAACCGCUCCUGGCCGUCACCUUGUUGACGAUUUCAUCGCGGCACAUGCAAUUGUCCGGUCCGGGCGGACUUUCCCGAUCCUUUGCUGUUCACGACAAAUUGUGGGCAUACCUUCGGGGCAUGAUUGAUCGUGUAUUGUGGGGACAAGAGCAGUUUGGGGGCGGGUUUUGCGGCGCCGGCGCCAUCGGUCGCGAUGGAUCGUUGCGUGUCCCGUCGGAGACUUGGAAAGGACUCCGUAAAGGCUCGCUCAGGACCCUGGGUACGGUAGAAGCGUUAAUGUUGCUUACGGAAUGGCAUCCCAGAGCGCUUCACUUCCCUCCUGGAGAUGAUGAUGAGGAAGUUGUUGCGCGAGAACAGCCUGCCACGCCCCCAGAGGCUGGCCAAGGAAUGUUUGCCGCACUUGCUGCCCAGGGCGGAAUCUCAGGGAAGAGAAUCGGUAGCUGGCUUGAACCUGCCUGGCGAAGCGACCGCAUGUGCUGGAUGUUGCUCGGUAAUGCAUUGACUCUCGGCUUUGAGUUGGGAAUUUUCGACGACGUUGCGGGUGCGCACUCAUAUCGCGGGCAUUAUCGUCCCGAAUUCGAGUCUCCCCUCUAUCGUCGUCGAGCGAAGCGAGCCCAGAGACUGCUCCUAAUCUACCUUACUUCGACGUCUGGCCGCUUGGGAUGGACUAAUAUCAUGUCAAAGCCAUUUACCCACCUCGUCUUUGCAAAUCAGACUGGUUUGAAGCCUACUGAGCGCAAGGACUUUGAGGUGGGAAACGAAUCUGUUGCGAAUGAGAUCACCGAAGACUGUAUCGAUUACUGCUGGAUUGAGCUGGCCUCGUUGAUGCAGACGGGGAAUGAAAUGCUCUUCUCGUCGGUCGAGCAUACGAGAAAUAUUAUCCGCAACGGCCAAUACGUGGAGAGGUUGGAGUAUUUCCAACCAAGGCUCCAGGCUUGGCGCAACGAGUUUCUCAACUUGGAUAUUCCCAUAUUCAUUCGACACAUUCUGGAGAUUGAAUAUGGAUACGUACGGGUGUACAUCAAUUCUCUCGCGUUACAGGCGGUCAUUGAACGGUUCACCAAUGCCAAGGAGCAUAGUGAAGCUGAAAACAAUGACUCCUCGUCUCUUACAACCCUGUACGCGAAUAAUGAGUAUUAUAUCCAUGAGGUGGUUGAAGGCAGCCGAGGCGUUUUGCGAACGGUGGUUGACGGACUGUACCCCGGUGGAUACCUUAAGCACGCGCCGGUGCGGACAGUAUUCCGUGUUGAAGAUGAAGCCGCUGUUUCACUUGGUCUCAUGGACAGCGCCGUUCAUGCUCUUCGUACCUGCGUGGUCGAUGACGUCCAUCUCGUAACACGCUUCGCUGAUCUCCUCGGAAGAUUAACCCAGAUUCUACGAUCUCGAUUUCUCCGCGUGUCGACGAACCCCAACAGUGGAAGCCGUCAGCGGGGAAAGAGCUCAUCUCCUGUCGCAGGAGAUCAGCCUGCUGCGGCUGCGGCCAGUCGUCCUAACUCCACCUUCCCUAAUGGCCCAUUCCAUCCUCCGUCGCUCUAUCAUGACCAGACAACAGCAUCCUCAAUGAGCAAUACCAACAAUCAAUUCUUCGACGCCAAUCAUCCCUCCAAUACCCAUCCCCAUUCCAAUCUUUACACUCCUAAUCCGCUCGAAGGCAUCUCCACCGAGUCCAUCGACCCUCACGACAGUAACAUUUGGUUCAUGCCUCCGCCAAUGCAUGUCUUUACUCCUCACCCGCAGUCCUCGUAUGACGAAGAAAAUGGCAAUUCAGGCGCAACCCCUGCUCCCACAACGCAUCAGAUUUCCGGCACUGGUCCCACUUCUUCUGGUCGAUCGGGAGCCUCCGGAUUACGCACUGACGAUGGCGGUGGUGGUGCUGCUCCAACAAGUGGAAGUAGCGGCAGCGGACAUACUGGCGCCGGCGCCGCAACGACAAGCGCUCCUGGAAACACAUCGAGUCUCAAUGCAGCCGCCACUCCAGGAUACACGUCCGACUGGCUUGCCCUACCCCUGGAUCCACUCCGAAACAGCUAUGGUGCGGGCGUCAACCAGACGACAUACGGCCCGGACAUUGGCGGGUAUGACUUGCUCGAGGUCCUGCUCAGCGAGAUGCAGCAGGGCGGGGAGCCCGUCCUUGAUAUGUGA